AUGAAUCGAAGUCCGGUUCUUGCCGACUGGGAUGUGGACGGUGAUAUGGGCACGGGGCGCGUUCCUCCCCAAGACACGACAUCAGGCAAUGCGCACCACGAUGCGCUUUUGCCCGCGAUCUGGUUCCCCGUCGAUGCCGACAAGUCGGAUGCAAUGAUGUCGGCCAUGAUUGAUCGCGUGUCCAUGUGCGCGGCGUAUGGGAUGGUCGCUGCAUCCGCGGCGAGAAUGGAGGGCGACACGGAUCAGAAGACGGCGAAGGUCGCACAGGCGCUGUCGGCCUCCGCUUGCGCCCUGUGGUGCUUAGUCGAUGGCGACGGCGCCCAGGUGGCUGAUGCCGUCCGCGAAGGGAAGGCGGCGGCGAUGUUGGUCGGCGCCAGCGAGACUACCGCCGCCGAGUUCAAGAAGGUCAUGACGGCGGUGCUGGAGGCCGCGAUCAGCAGGCAGCAACCCCUUGGGGAGGUUGCGCACAACGUCGCACCGGCGCUGGAGUCCACCGCUCUGGCCAAAGCCUAUCCGGGGUUGGAUGUUGAAGCCGAGGCCAAACUGAUCGCACGAGCGACGGUGGAAACCCUCGCGUUCUGGGGAAUGUGCCCCGUGGAUGGGCCGAAACACAGGAAGAUCGGCAUCGCGGUGCCGCUUGACGCGCAGAUGGAGUACGACAUCGAACACAGGGGGAGGAAGAGGCCGAGGGGCAAGCAGGGCAAGGACAGCUCGGGGAAGAAGGGGAAGAAGGGCAGAGCGGGCAAGGACAGCACGGCGGCGUAG